CCCUGAUCAACAAACCCAAUUCUUCCCCUGAUUUCUACCUUGAUCUCGGUGUCUACCAUUCCUCCCGACCCUUCUUUCCAUUUUUGUCUUUGAUAAAAAGCUCCAUCUACGACCCGCCAUGUCUGACGCCACGGAGACCAAGGCCGACCCCACCACUCAGGCUCCUGAGGAGCAGAAGCCUGAGACCGCCACCACCGGCGAGAGCGAGAAGACCGUGACCGAGGUUGCUGCCGAGAAGGCCAAGGAGGCUGCUGACACCGCCAAGGACGCAGCUUCUAAGACCUCCGACACCGUUUUCUCUAUGUUCGGAGGCGGCCCCAAGAAGGAGAAGAAGGAGGAGACCGAGGAGGGUGCGGACGAGCCCUCCGGCUCUUCUAAGGCCCAGAAGGAGAGCGAGAACCCCGAGGAUGAGGCCCCCGAGUCCCCCGACGUUCACUUCGAGCCCGUCAUCCGCCUGACCGAGAAGGUGGAGACCAAGACCAACGAGGAGCUCGAGGAGCAGGUGUUCAAGAUGCGCGCCAAGCUGUUCAAGUUUGACCGUGAGAGCAAGGAGUGGAAGGAGCGCGGUACCGGUGACGUCCGCCUCUUGAAGCACAAGGAGAACGAGAAGACCCGCCUGGUCAUGCGCCGGGAUAAGACCCUCAAGGUCUGCGCCAACCACUACAUCGUCCCCGACAUGAAGUUGAGCCCCAACGUCGGCAGUGACCGCUCCUGGGUCUGGAACGCCGCCGCCGAUGUCAGCGAGGGUGAGCCCGAGGCUCAGACCCUGGCUAUCCGUUUUGCCAACAGCGAGAACGCCAACCUCUUCAAGGAUGCCUUCGAGAAGGCCCAGCAGGAGAACGAGAAGCUUUUCGGUGCCGGUGAGCAGUAAAUCUGCCACUCAUCUGAAAUAAGCCUCGCCCCAAUUCUCCGCACCAAGACUUGAGGACUCACAACCGUGAUGCACUUGUCGCCAGCCGUCUUCCGAGGACCAGGAGCUCGCUCUGAACCCCC